ACUGUUAAGCACGAUAAGCGUACGCAUAUGGAGAUGGAAUUCUCAAUGGCUUCAAUCAUUCAUCAAGCCCUCUUCCAAUAUUUUCACAAAAUGCGAGGCCGUAUUUCCAGAAUUUCUUCGUGCAUCAAAUUCAAAGCUAAAGAAAUGGAGUUAACGCGCAGUCUUUACGGGGAUAGAAUGCAGGGAUCGUCUUCCCAACUUAUUCGACAGUUCAUUACUUUCAAAUGCGUCCCAAUGAGCGAAAGAGCUACCUUGUUGUACAUGCAUCAGGUCAACAGAAACAAAGGGGGAAAAUUCAUGCAUUUUUGUACUAAUAAAGGUACAAAAGUGCAUCUUUUGAAAUUUAUCGUGAGAACACCAGAGAGUAAUACAUUAUGUUAAGUGGGGUAUAUAGAAGGAGUCCACGGAUAGUUGAACUGGAUGCACGGAAAGCACAAGCGAGGAGUCAAAAUAAGGGUAAUGUGAUAUGUGAAGUGGCAGACGAGGAGGAACCAGAGAAGGGGCAAGAUAUUUUGAACCAAAAGCGUAGAAGGAAAAAGGUUAAGACUGACUCAGGGAAUGAAGAAGAUGGCCUUGUAAAAAAUGAUGCUAUCGUGCCUUCUGGAGCUGCAAUACCUGAAAAAGGCAAGCUUGAACUAUUACUAGGUAUAUUGCAAAGGAGAGACACAUAUAAAAUAUUUGCAGAGCCAGUAAACCCAGAAGAGGUUGAACACUAUUAUGAUGUCAUCAAAGAACCAAUGGAUUUUGGCACGAUUGCAAAGAAACUGAAUGAAGGAAGUUAUCAAACACUGGAAAAUUUUGAGCAUGAUGUAUUUUUGGUACCCAACAAUGCCAUGCUUUUCAAUGCUUCAAAUACCAUAUACUACAGACAGGCACGUGCACUGAAAGAACUAGCUACAAAGCUAUUCCAUGCUCUUAAAACUGAUCCUGAAAGCUUCGAAUCUGAUGCUUCCCUACAAAGAAUGGGACUUGGUAGGAGGACAAAUGCUGGAGUUGGAAUUUUGAACUGUAACAACAAGAGUAAUGCUAGCAUUGCAGCUAGGGGCUAUAGAGCUCAUGGAAGAUUUAAUGAUGUUGAUGUGGAAAGGCGUCAAACCUAUAGACCUUGGAAGUCUUUACUUAGUGAGAAUGGAUCUUUAGUCUCAGCAGUUUAUAACAGUCCAAAGCCACUUGUGCUGAAUGCUGAGGCAGAUAUUGGAUAUUUAGAGAGCUUAAAGCGGUUUUCUAAAGAUUUGGGUCCGGUAGCUCAAAAUGUUGCCAUGAAGAAGGUAAAUAGUUACAUUUCUGAAGCCAUGAGAGUUUGGAAUGUGACUACAAAUCGUCAGGUCUGGCCCCCAAAUAUGCAAAUUCCUAAUGCACCAUCUGCGUCAAAUAUAAAGGUUGCUCCAUCUUUUAAAGUCCCUUCAAGUACACUUGGAUGCCAAAAUAUUUCAGUAGAUAAAAUGAACCUUCACAGUGGAUUCUCACAUGGAGGACAGGCACCAAUGGAUGACAAUAUGACCAUUAAUAAUGCUUUAACUGGAGGAAUUAGUCAACCUGGUGUCUUGCAAGGGAACAUGAUUCCGUCUGUGAGUAGGGGGGGUUUUGCUCCAUCUUCACAUCUGCUUGGGGAUUCUAGUGGAUAUCAGACAUUGGCAGGCGAAACAAUGGAUGGUCCAACCUUCUUUCGGAAUAGAGGAAAGGUGACUGCAGGUUAUAAUGUGGACAUGAUUGAUUCUUUCAAGGAUUAUGCUGCUAAUAAAAGCAAUGAGAUUCAGUUGGAGUCUUCUUUUCCCAAUCAUGAUUCAGGAAAACCAAAACUUGAUUUAUCCGCAUUGUGGAAUACAAAGGGAAAACAAAAGGAAUCAGGCGAGACCAGCAUGAUGGUAAACCCAAUCAAUGAGGAUAACAGUGUACAAAAUGCUGAGCAUGCUUCUUCAUGGUGGAGGAUGCAAGAGUGUCUCCCUCAAAGUAACAGUGGUGCUUCCUCAUCUGCAUGGUGUCCACCUUCUCAAGUCAUGACAGGGUUGAAUGGAUUUCAGACCAUCGACUACAUGACCGGAAUUGGUUCUCAUUAUCCUGAUAAAGCAAUGUGUGAAAAAGAUGUCAUAGCUGAUGGACAAGGCUCUAGAUACAAAACCAAUGUAGAGCAUGGUGGGGUAGUUUCAGAUUUGUUGUCGCCACUGCAGACGGGAAUGCAAUCCCAGAGUGGACUUGGAUCUCAUUAUCCUGAUAAAGCAAUGUGUGAAAAAGAUGUCAUAGCUGAUGGACAAGGCUCUAAAUACAAAACCAAUGUAGAGCAUGGUGGGGUAGUUUCAGAUUUGUUGUCGCCACUGCAGACUGGAAUGCAAUCCCAGUGUGGAAUUGGUUCUCAUUAUCCUGGUAAAGCAAUAUGUGAAAAAGAUGUUUUAGGUGAUGGAGAAGGCGGAGUAGUUUCAGAUUUGUUGAAGCCAUUGGAGAUGGGAAUGCAAUCCACGAAUGAAUUCUGUUUUCGAGAGGAAACACUACCAGCUGAAAUGACAUCCAUAUUUGAGCAAAAAGAACUGGAGCCACUAUGUGAACUUCCUACUGAUGAAGACUGGAUUGGUGUUUUCCCAGAGGAGAAUGAGAUGAAUGCAUCAGAGAAGGCGUUAGAGUAUGAGUGGUUUGAACCUGAAAGCAGUGGAGCAGCUGCUGAGAGGAGGCUGAAGCAAACUGCGGAGAAGGGUACGGAGCAGGCGCAAUGGAGGUGGCUGUAAUUCUCUAGGCCAAAGAAAACUGCCAAUGCAUGGCAUGACAAUGCAA